AUGGAUUCUAAAGAAACCCAACAACAGCAACAGCCACAGGAGAAUGCCAUCACCCCUGACUCUCUCCCUAUGCUCCAUCUCCAUCUCCCUCAACAACCGCUCAUGCUCGAGGGAUCAUCAUCGCAUUACCCCGUCACGAUUCAAGAACAACAGCUCAUGCUCGAGGGACCAUCAUCGCAUUACCCCGUCGCGACUCAAGAACAACCGCUCAUGCUCGAGGGAUCAUCAUCGCAUUACCCUGUCGCGACUCAAGAACAACCGUCGAUGCAACGAGGAGUCAUUGACGGUGGAGCUGCAAAUGUUAUGUUACCUCGUGGCUCCGACAUAGCUACGGAGUUAGUGGCGUUUUUGAAUCAAGAACCACGCGAUGUCUGUAUUCUCUCAGCUACAGGCGCUGUAUCUAGUGCGUGGCUUCAAUCUAACAGUCCUCUUGAAAUUGUUAAGUAUGAGGGCCUACAUGAUAUCGUUCGUUUGUCAGGUACUUUCUCGAGUACUGAGUGUCAUGAUGGUACUGUGACCAUAACUGGUAACUUGAUCGUGUCUCUGGCUGGUCCUGAUAACAAGCUUGUUGGGGGUCGUGUUGGUGGAAGGCUUGUAGCUGGAUCACCAGUACAGUCUCAAGGACCGCAGUUUUCAAGCGAGUCAUCAGAGGAAACUGUUAGUGAACCUCUGGUGUAUCAAGUUGGAAACUCUACGUCCCAACCACCUCACCAUCUUCACUUCUGGCCUGGCAACAAUCCUCAAUAA